CGUGCCAUGGACACCAAUGCCGUCGUCAAGCCCCCGUCGAUGCGCCUCCUCUACGCGCUCCUCGCAUGCAGCAUUGCCAGCAUCGUCAUCGCCGUCACCAUGCUGGCCGUGACGCUGACCGUCUACCGCGUCCGCGAGCCCGUGAUGACAAUGAACUCCAUCUCCCUCAAGGACCUCGGCGCGGCGGGUCCGCCGGGUGGCUUGGCCUUGGUGCCGUCGUCGUCGCCGCGACUAACGGUGGUGGCGGACGUGUCGGUGAAGAACCCGAACGCGGCGUCGCUGCGGUACGGCCCGACGGAGACGUCGGUGUACUACGGCGCGCAGCGCGUGGGGGAGGCUGCGGGCCCGCCUGGCACGGCGCGCGCGCGGCGGACCGUGCGGCUGAACGUGACGGUGGACGUCGCCGUGGGCGCGCUCCUGGGGGACCCGGGCUUCCUGGGGGACGUGGCGGCGGGCGCCGUCGCGGUGACCACGGCCACGCGGGUGCGCGGGCGAGUCGCCGUGCUCGGCGGCGUGGUGCACCGGCGCGUGGUGCUGGAGAUGAACUGCACCGCAACGAUCGCCAUCGCCGACAUGUCCAUCCGCAACCAGAGCUGCCUGCAGCGCGUCUGGUUGCAGUAAAGCUAAGCGCGCUGGAUCGAGCAACCAGUUUAUAGCAGCAGAGUCCCAUACGUUCCCAUGCAUCGUCGUACGAUUACUGAUGUCAAUAAUACGUGAUAAAAACUUUACGCUGUGCUGAUCCAUCGAUUCAGCAUUCAUAUAUCUGUCAGCACUACGUUUGGCUCUACGAAAACAGCACAUUUUACACUCUCCAACU